CGAGUGUGACCUAGUGCAGACUGUGUACAGUUUUGUAGCUUAUGAGCGACAGGGAGACCACUAAUGAGGACGACGGGAUCUUGCAAUCAGCUAGACGUCCAAUAGCCCACGUGGCAUUAGGACCCGAGGGUGACAUGUUACUGUUCUGCCAGCUUAGGGAGACACAGCAGCAGCAGAGGAGAGCUAGGGCAGCCGAGGCCAGUAGGGCGUUCGCAAGCAACACCGUUGCUUCAACAGCCAUGGCAACUGCUGCGCAGCAGAGUUCCCAGGCCAGCAGUUCAGGGACCGUAGGGUCAACGAUUGCGCAGACCCUGAGUCAGUCCACUGGUGUUAUGGCAAGCCAGCCAAUAGUGUUGACCCCUGAAGAGGUCGCCAUACAACAAGCAACACUUCGCGAAGCACAACUACAGAAGGCUUUAGGGGAGAUAAAGGCAGAGAAAGAGAAGAUGAUUAGAAGAAGAGUUACGUUACAGCGGAGACAAGCGGACGUUAGUGAGUUAGAGGGGAUGGAUCUGACGUGCAUGGAUGAUGAUGUGAGGACCCUGCGUGCAGUCCUGCUAGAUGUAGUAAAAAUGCAGGACCACCAGACAACUCUCUUACAGGACAUCCAACAAAGUCUGGCUGUAUUGGUCGGGCGAGCACAGGCAGCUCCAUCGUCGUCCGGGCCCGGUGCCUGGCCUGUUGUACAUCCUCCCUUUGUCCCACCGGUGACUAGCGUAUCCCCAUAUGUCUCUCCAGCAUUGGUCCAAGCCGCUUCCCUAGGUAUGCCGCUAACAAGAGGGUUCUCAGCAGGUCCUAGUGUGCAUGUUCCUGUUCAGUUAGUGUAUUCCCAACCUCCGUUGCAGGUUGCCGUAACCGGGCAGCCUGCUGUCUCGCAGCCUGCACAGCCCCAGCAGCAACUAGUGCAGCAGCCUGGUCCCCAAGGUCCACAGCCUGGAGUGGGACAGGUACCGGGACAAGGACAGUGGGUUCCGAAGACGGCCAUCGCCUCCCCUAAACCCUUCUCAGGGGAUAAGAGGGGCGAAGACCUUGACACAUGGUUGAGGAAUCAGUUGGCAGGUGAGGCCAACAUCAAUAUGCACAACUUUCCGUCGUUCAGCAAGAAGGCCCUAGACCUAGAGGCAAAGAUAGGGUAUGGACAUACACCCACGAUGGAUGGUAGGAAGAAGUCACUGCCUCCCAACUGGAAGGCGAAGGGCCGCAUAAUGUUCGUCGACAAUGAUGGUUCAACCAUCGAGUUGGAAGACGACUUCCAGGCAGGAGCGGGUUCAGAGGCGGGCAACGUAGAAGUUUCAGGGGGUGGAACAGUCGCUGCCUCUUUCCAGAAAGGUAUGUACUACCUCUCGGUUGCACAACCCCAGUUUGAUUGGGACCGAAAAGUGGUCAAGCACACUUUGCCCGGUGGAGGGACCGCCAAAUUACGUAAGUUCAAGGCUAGUAGUAUGAUCGAGUCCUACGGAUGCAUGUGUGCGGCCGUGUUCUAUAAUUAUUAUAAGCAAAAUUCGGAGGAGAGUAUGUACUUAGUUUACGUCUCUGCAGAGGGUGAGCCGGUGAAAACGCCUCCGGAGAUAGAGGGAGUCGCUGCAAGGUACCCUGAUCUAUUCAAAGAGCCGAAUGGGGUUGUUGAGAGCGAGGUCGUCCAUGCGAUAGAGAUUAUCCCAGGGUCUAGCAUUCCGAAGGGUAGGAUCUAUUGGAUGUCUCCAGGUGAGCUCGAUGAGCUUCGCCGGCAACUCAAGGAUCUCAUAGAGAAGGGUUGGAUCCGGCCUAGUGUUUCCCCUUACGGAUCUCCUGUACUAUUCGUACCAAAGAAGGGGGGGACCUUGAGGAUGUGCAUUGACUAUAGGGGCCUCAAUCCCAUCAUAGUGAAGAACGUCGAGCCCCUACCGCGCAUCGAUGACUUGUUGGACCGAGUGCAAGGGUGUCGGUACUCCAAUAAGAUAGAUUUGAAGUCCGGGUACCAUCAGAUUGCAAUCCGACCCGAGGAUCAACACAAAACUGCAUUUCAGACCAGGUACGGUCUGUACGAGUUUGUGGUGAUGCCUUUCGGCCUUUGCAAUGCUCCUGGCACCUUUCAGCACGCAAUGAACCGAAUAUUUCAUGACUACUUGGACAAGUUUGUCAUCGUGUACCUCAGUGACAUACUUAUCUUUAGUAGGACUGUUGAGGAGCAUGUAGCGCACUUAGAUAAAGUCCUUAGCCUCCUCAGACAACACCAGUUCAAGAUCAAUCGGGAGAAGUGUGAGUUUGGCUGCACCCGCAUCUUGUACCUGGGUCAUGAGAUUUCCGCGGAGGGAUUGAAGCUCGAUGACGCGAAGGUGGCCAGCAUUCGUGACUGGCCGCGUCCUCAGUCUGUGACUGAGAUGAGGUCCUUCUUAGGGAUGACAGGCUACUACCGCAACUUUGUUCAGAAUUAUAGUAUAGUGGCCGCCCCUUUGACAGACCUGACACGCCUUGACACCCCAUGGGAGUGGACGGACAGGUAUGAGGCUGCUUUCAGACAUCUGAAGCGUGCGUUGACACACCAUGAGGUCUUGAAACUUCCUGACCCUGACAAACCUUUCGUUGUGUCUGCAGAUGCCAACCAGUACGGCAUUGGUGCCGUACUUGUGCAGCAGGAGGGGAAGAAGUUGAGGCCGGUAGAGUACAUGUCCAAAAAGAUGCCCUCUCAAAAGUUGGCUAAGUCCACCGAUGAGAAGGAGCUCUAUGCGAUCUACAAAGCGCUAACCCAUUGGAGGCACUACCUCCUAGGUCGCUUUUUCUAUGUCAGGACUGAUCAUCAGACCCUGAGAUGAAUGAAGACUCAACCGGUACUCUCCGACGCUCUGAAGCGUUGGAUCG